ACGCACUCACAACCCAACCCAACAAACAAACAACAAACCAACAAACAAUGCGCCACCCGCGCCCCCGCCUACGCGCCCUACUCCCACGCCCAGCACUCGCCCUCCUAGCCUCCAGCGCCUUCGCAGGCUUCAGCUACCGCCACCUCAGCACCACCUCCAACACCACGAACGACGCAGGCGCAGACGAAGAAAGCCCCGUCCUGCAUCCGCGCCUGUUUACGGGGUAUAGACUUGCUGAGCGGAGGAGUGUCGGCAGCGGGGAUGGGAGGGGGGGUAUUUUUGUGCUGCGGAAGGAUGGUGGGGAGGGGCCCUCAUUGGAGGACUGGUGGACGAACAAAGUCUGGAGCGUCGAGGUCAAGCAGCCACAGCUGCAGAUUGCGAGGGCGUAUACGCCGCUGCCGCCUAUACCUUACGACACCACCACCACCAUCACCACCACCUCCGCAGACGCCACGCCCGCAUCCACGGCCACGGCCGCGUCCGCCACCUCACCCCUCCGCUUCUGGAUCCGCCAUGCCGGCGAAGUAAGCGCGUACCUGCACCGCCUGGCCCCAGGCACCAGCAAUGUCUCCCUCCGGGGGCCGCACGCAGAGUUCUCGCUCCCGCCCAACACAAGCGACGUGCUGUUCCUGGCCGGCGGGACCGGGAUCGCGCCCGCGCUGCAGGUGGCGCAUGCGCUGCUUGUGAAGCGGGGAGAGGGCGGUGCGGAGAGAGUGCGGAUUAUGUGGGCGGUGAGGCGGCGGGAGGAGUGUGCUGGUGGGGUUGGGGACGUUGGGGGCGAGGAGGAAGGGAGGUGGUGGGGGUGGUUAAAGGGGGGGAGGGGGUGGGGCGGUGGUGGUGGUGGUGGUGGUACUGUGGGGGAGGGGGAGGAGCUGGGCGAGAUCGUGCGCGAGAUCGAGGCGCUGAAGCGCGCGGUGCGGCCGGGGCGGAAGUUCGAGGUGCAGUAUUUCGUCGACGAGGAGGGGAGCUUCAUCCAGCCGGGGAGACCAGAGGCACAGCCAGAGGCACAGAAGCAAUCGGGGGCCCAGACACCGCACCCAACCAAACUCAUCCUCCUCGCCGGCCCCGACGGCUUCCUAGAUGCGUGGGCAGGCCGCAAGCUCUGGGCCGAAAAGGGCGAGGUGCAAGGACCGUUGAGGGGCGCGCUGUCGAGGAUGGAUUUGGGCGGGUGGCGGGUGUGGAAGCUGUGAUUUGCGAGCAGUACGAGCAGUGUGCUGCGAGUUUUGGGGUGUGGGCUGUGAGCUGUGAGCUGUGGGCUGAAGCUGUGGUUGGGGUUAUAAGAUGGGGAAGAAGGGGAGGGGUAGAGGUGUGUAUAAAAAGACAUGUACAAGACAUGUACGAUUAUGUAUAGCAAAGACAGGAAAGAGCGGGUAUAAUGUAUAGAGACUCAGUCAGUCAGUCAGUCAGUCAGUCAGUCAGUCAGUCAGUCAGUCAAGGAUAGGAUAGCGGAGUUUGGUGGGGUUGGGGUUGUUGCGUCCUGUACAUACUGUACUGCACAGUAACGAAGCAAUGGCAUUGGCACUGGCGC